AAAAGUUCUUUAACUUUAACUUUAACGUUCUUUAAUAAUUUAAUCGACUUUAACAGAAAGUUCAGGAAAUGUUCAGUAAUGUCGUGUAUCUCUGUUUUUGUCUUUCUUUGUGUUUAACUUUCUGUCCUAUUCGCUCGUGCAGAGAGUGACGUCACACUAAGGGGCAAUUCCUGGGUGAAUGUUCCAGGAAAAGAUCAGACACACCUGAGCGCGGAUCUGGGAGCUGAUCUAACUCCGUCUGAUCAACAGGACCUUUCUUCAUUACAUCAGACCUUCCUCCUGAUCCAGUGUGAGAGCGGAAGAAGAGGAAGAGCGCGUGGUUUUCACCAGCUUUACUUUAUUGCACCGAGUUGCUUAAUUACUUACUGCCGAAAGCAAGCAAGCGCCGCAGUGUGUGUGUGUGUGUGUGUGUGUGUGUGUAGAGACCGCAGUUCGGCUGUUGUGUGUGUGUGUAUAAACCUGUGUAUAAUGGGUUGUUUGCGCAUGGCUGUGUGUUGGAGUUGUGUGUUUUUGCUCCUGAUACACACUUCGGUACAGAGCUGCAGUAGACUCUUCACGCAGGCACGCGCAGGGUUCGUGCUGAACACGGAGGACAGCGUGGCGGAAGGCGCGAGCUACAUCUCCAACCCCAGCGCGGGGACACCAGAGGCCUGCCUGAGCGCGUGCUGCCGGCACUCUCAGUGCAACCUGGCUCUGAUGGAGGCAGGAACGGAAGACAAGACACUCACGAACUGUUUCCUGUUCGACUGUUUGUACCGAAAUCAGUUCGUCUGCAGCUUCUCCAGGAAAGCCGGCUUCACGAGUUACAUCGAGGAUUCGGUUUAUGAGAGACACCUGCGCGGGCCAGGGGGAAAAUCCGGAGAAAAGGAUAAACGUCCAAUAGCCAUCGCAGGAGCCGACAUAGUGACCAGAGCUGGAGAAGAAGUGACAUUGAACGGCAUUGAAAGCUGGGAUGACAAAAAUAUCACCAAAUAUGAGUGGACACGUCUGAGUGGAGAUGCUUCUGUUGUGAUGAAGGAAACAGAGUUCACAGAUCAGCGGCUGCUGCGAAAUCUUCUUCCUGGAGUUUAUCGUUUUCAGCUCACGGUCACUGAUUCAGCUGGACAGUCAGACAGUGUGUCUGUUACCGUGCUCGUCCUCACGCAGGAGCAAUCCGAGGUCCAUUGUCUGAACCCGAUGAAGGUGGGUCCAUGUCGCGGCUCUUUCCCUCGCUGGCACUUUAAUGCUGCAUCAGGUGUGUGUGAGAAAUUCAUCUACGGAGGAUGUAAACAAAACAACAACAACUACCUGUCCCAGGAGGAGUGUUCAGAAGCCUGUAAUGGCACCACAGUGAUUCCUGGAACUAGAAAAAUUAAAACAGAAGUGUGUAACUCGACAUGUGUGGAAGGUCAGUAUGUGUGUUCCAGUGGUUGUUGUGUAGACAGCAGUGUGGAGUGUGAUGGACAGCCACAUUGUAGCGAUGGAUCAGAUGAAGAAAACUGCCAACACAUGAACAGGACUUUGGCUCAGUUACUGGAGAUCAGUGUGAAUGAAGAGAAAGCUCGAUGUGUUGACCCUCCUGUUACUGGCCCUUGCAGAGCAAGCAUGCCUCACUGGUUUUAUGACCCGUUGAAGCAGAACUGCUUUCGCUUCACGUACGGAGGAUGCGCUGGGAACAAAAACAAAUUUGGGCAGAAAGACGAGUGCAUGAACAUCUGCUCUGGAGUGACAGAAAGUGAUGUCUUUGCGAGAGGGCUGUUUGAACGAGCCGAGGAAGUCAAGGAACCUCACACAGGUUCUGUUGCUACGGGAGUCAUUAUCAUGCUGUUGAUCUUGGCUGUGAUCGGUCUGGCCGGUUGCUAUUUUGUGAGAAACAGGAAGAGGAAGUCAGAGUCUCAGCGUGUUCCAACCACAGCUAAUCCACCAGUACCUGCAGCUGAGGAUUCACGCACACUCCUCUAAACACACACGCAUCUAAACACACACACACACAAACACACACACUCAUCUAAACACACACACAAACACACUCAUCUAAACACACACACACUGAGAUAUGCGCAUUCAUAUAUACACACACACACUUGGGUGUAUGAAUUGUGCAUUACCAGUGUGAAUGAUGUGUGUAAUUGUGUGUAUAGAUGGUUGUAAGUGGUGUGUGUGUGUGUGUCUGUCUGUCUCUAAGCGUUGUAUAUUUAGCUUUAUUCAGAGUUGUGUAAAUAUUUUCCUGAACUGAAUUCUGUGCUUUUAUGGAUGUUUUGGUCUGAUUGGUUUCUCAGUUUUUUUCUCUUCUUAUAUCUUUCUUUAUAUUUCAGAUUCUGGACAAAAUAUUUUAUAAAACUUUUAU